AUGGACACCAUUAAAAUGUGCCAGGCCAGCCUCAAACUCCAACGACAACAAAUAAGGUCCAGUUGUUGUCUGAUAUGGCAGUGGAAAGCUUGGGAGGACUUAAUUGCAAAAGACAACUAUGAGACAGAACAAGUUCUAAACCAAAGCUCACUCAUGUCCAUCAACAUGAAUUCAUCAAGGGUCGCUUUCUGGAUUAUGGCCAUUCAUCAACUGCAUUCAUUUUUCAAACAAUUUUAUGGUUCUGUCAGCAAAUCUGACUACAUGACUCUAAGACUUGGCUUUAUUAUGAUGACCUGCUUUUGCCUUGCUGCUGAACUUAUUUUACUACAGAUGCAUUGCAGGGGGAAUCCAAAAUUUAAUUUUCACAAGUAUAUGAUCUGUGCCCUGGAAGAUGAUUUUAAGAAAGUUGUUGGUAUAAGGCAAGUGAUAGCUAGGGCUUCGCUUGUUCAAUAUGGUUUUGACUCCUGCAUAAUGGGCCACCUCUGUUACAUUGUCCCCCGGCUGUAUUGGAAUUAUAAGACUGUCGAUUGGCCUUCUAGGGCGAUAUUUGACAAGCCUAUGCAAGUUGGUCUGGUUGAAUGGGCUCAACAAGCCAAGAAGAAGAAGCACUUGAAGAAAUCACGUAAUGGCUCUGGAGAAGAAAACGCAAAUGGUGUUUCUGCAAUAGGGAUUCAGCCGGGCAGAAACGCAGCCAGGGAAUCUGCACCAGAGGAGAUUUAA